UACAGUAUCUAAUCUAACAUUCAAUUCCUCCUCGAGUUGACGGUGACGCUAAGCACCUGUUUGAUACCGGGCAAAAACGCUUAGUAUUAAUAUCAUAACCCUUGCUUCUCCCGUUCUCUUCAGUAUCUGCUUGACGACACUCAACUAGUACUGCUACUCGUUUUUCAAGCAUGGUACCUAUUGGACCGUCCCCCGUGUCGCAGGCAGCCUCUUCCUCGUCUUCGACACUAUGGGCAACAGCCUCAAAGGAGUGGGUGAUCCCAGCUAAACCCAAACCAGGGCGAAAGCCCAAGAAGGAGACCUCUGCAGGCCCUCCAGCCCCGCAAGAUGACGAGGACUCGGAGUCCGCAGGUAGGCGUGUUCAAAACAGAGCCGCCCAACGCGCAUUUCGCGAGCGCAAGCAGUCCCAGCUUGCUGAGCUACAAGCUCGUCUUCAUUCUUACGAACAGGGAGAGAUAGAGCGUAAUGUCGCACUCCAAAAUAUCGCGAAGAAAAUGAAGGAUGAGAACGAGGAACUCCGAAAGGAGAACCAGAUGUUGAAAGACAAAAUCGCUCAUCUCGAGUGGGAAGCAGAGUCGAAUGAAGUAGACAGAAAGAGGAACAGGGAGAAUGUCGCGGUCGUAUCACCUAGCAUGUCCCCCGAGCGAUCUAUUCGCAACAGCAACAAGCGCGCGAAGAUGGAUGCUGAGGCAACGGAUUCACCGCAGGGCCUUCAUUUUGCCUCCUAUAGCCCUCCAUCUUCUUCAAUGGCUUCCUCGCCUGAUGACGGAACCACCCCCAGCUUCUCCCCAGCAGGCCACGAAAGCCACUCGCGACUUUUUCACACACCCCCGCCAUCUCUCACACACAUGCUCAACUAUCCCUCAUCAGAGCCUGCUCCAGCUCUGGAUAUACAAGAUCCGACGGAUUCUUUCCGAUGUGUAUUGUGUAGUCCAGACGUUCCUUGCGUUUGCAGGGAAAUGGCUAUGCAGCAAGCCGCCACUGACACCGAUUUAAGCCACAUAUCACUCAAACCAGAACAUGAUCAUCCUGCAAUGAUGUCUCCUAUGGACCAAUCCGCGCAGCUUGGGGCAUCUUCAUCUUCGCAAAUGAACAUUCUCGAGAACCUUCCAGCAUACCAAGCGCCUGUCCCAAUACGUCGACGAACAGGUCAGAGCGCAAACCCAGUCUUCUCUGUGACUCCGAUUUCGGUCCCAUCGUCAUCCGCCAAAUGCUCAGGUGACCCUUCUAAUUGCAUGGCAUGUGCAGACGACGCUUUCGGCAAGGCGUUCUGCCAGGCAAUUGGGCACUCCGUCAAUUCGACAUCACCAUGCAUCGACUGCCCCGUAAGAACGAACCAAUCAGACAAGAUUGUCGUUGGUGGUUGCUGUGGUGACAUCACGAAGUGUGGGUCUUGUGGCAUAGCGCCCAUCAUUUCGUCCACGAAUCUUCCUCGCACUGAAACGGCGAUACCGACCGACGAUGCUUGGCGCCAGCUCAAGUCCCAUCCAAAUGUCGCAUUCGCAGAUCUUUCACUAUUGGCCGAAGUGGUUGCUCGCAGAUCUAAAUGCACAGGCUCACGGGUGGUAAUAUCACCGGCGCCAGGAUCCAUUACGCCAGAACGUAGCACAUCCAUGGCAGGACCUUCUCAUCAGGGUGGAUCCAUGACUCUAGAUCAUCUAUCUGUGCUGUUGACGGAUCCACAUGAGCGCUACCAUCAACAGCAAAAACAGCGGUCCUCGCCACCACGGCUUGUUCCGCAGGAGGUGUUGAUUGAAUGCGGACGUCGAAGAAUGCGGGAAGUGAAUGCAGAUGGUGUCAGAGAAGCGCUCCGACUACUAGAUUCUAAGUUUGCACAUGCUCGAUAAGUCAUCUCAGCCUUACGGAUAUUCUGUAUGUAGUAUGUAU